UCAGUUUUAGGAGACACGGAUCGCCAGGUAAGGGACAAAGAGCCAUAGAUCUGAAAUAAUGUUUCUAAUGGAUUUGUUUUUCUGAGCAAAAUCCUUAUAGUUACCGUAGAAGUAUAAAGCUUGCCAACACCUAUCAUAAUUUUAUCUCACCAUCUCCAAUUCUAAGCAUUUCUUACAAAAAAAUCGAAUCAACAUCUAGAAUCUAGUGUUCGAAUUUCAAAAUGGACGCAAGCACAAAGGUGAAGAAAGGUGCGGGAGGAAGGAAAGGAGGAGGACCAAGGAAGAAAUCGGUGACAAGAUCCGUCAGAGCUGGACUUCAAUUUCCUGUCGGAAGAAUCGGCCGUUUCUUGAAGAAAGGUAGAUACGCUCAGCGUGUUGGUACCGGCGCUCCUGUUUACCUAGCCGCUGUUCUUGAGUAUCUUGCUGCUGAGGUUCUUGAGUUGGCUGGAAAUGCGGCACGUGAUAACAAGAAGAACAGGAUUAGUCCAAGACAUUUGUUGUUGGCUGUGAGGAAUGAUGAAGAGCUUGGAAAAUUGCUUGCUGGUGUUACCAUUGCUCAUGGUGGUGUUCUUCCUAACAUUAACCCUGUGCUUUUGCCUAAGAAGACUCAAAGUGCUGCUACUGCUCCUAAAUCUCCAUCCAAGGCCAGGAAAUCUCCAAAGAAAGCUUAGAUAUUAAUUUUUAUUUGUUCUUUUUGUUAUACGUAGAUACGUUAGAUUUGACACACCUCUCAUGUGGCAAGAAUUAUUCUACAAGCAAUGUGAUUCGAAUGUCUUCAUCUCUUUUGUGAGUUUGAUUAGUUAAUGGAAUCGCUUUGUUUUUACUUA